CAGGUCUGUGCGCGCUCAGUUUCAGAAUGGCUGCGCUUGCUGCCCUUCCUUGGGGUGCUCGCCCUGCUCGGCUACCUCGCCGUUCGUCCAUUCCUCCCGAAGAAAAAACAACAGAAGGACAGCUUGAUUAAUCUGAAAAUACAAAAGGAAAACCCUAAAGUGGUGAAUGAAAUAAACAUUGAAGAUUUGUGUCAUACCAAAGCAGCUUAUUGUAGAUGCUGGCGCUCAAAGACGUUUCCUACCUGUGAUGGUUCACAUAAUAAACACAAUGAAUUGACAGGAGAUAAUGUGGGUCCACUAAUAUUGAAGAAGAAAGAAGUAUAAUAGUUAUGAAUUAGGAUUGAAUUCAAUUGUGUGCUGUAAAAUCUUAUAACAGUAUUUUUUCAUUCUUUGUGUAUAGAAGAUCUUUCAAAUGGUGGUCUUAAUUAUUGCUACUGGUUGAAUAAUUAUUUCUGCCAAUUUAUUUUCUUGCUACAUUACUUUUAUAUUUGAUACUUUGUAUAUUCAGUCAUUUAUAUAGAAAUUGUGCAACUCUUUCAUUCUGACUUCAAAGAAUUAAUGUAUCUUCCUACAAUAAAACCAACACUUUUGAUUUUAA